AUGGCAGCGCGGAAGCCAGUCUUCAACCAGCAGGUCCUCUACGACACCACCCCGCUGCCAGACUCGAUUCCCAAGGUCAAGGAGAUUGGUGCCAGCUCGGCUCCCCUCCUCUCGGCCUCCUUCUUCAUUGGCGCGCGAUGCAGGGACUACAAUGACGACUACAUGCAAUGCAAGACCGAGAACCCGGGCAAGGGCGAGUUCGAGUGCUUGAAGGAGGGACGGCGAGUCACCAGAUGCGCGCGGAGUGUGCUUGAGGACAUUAACAAGUCCUGCCUCGAGCAGUUCCGUGCCCAUUGGCAAUGCCUGGAGAAUAACAACCAGCAGCUGUGGCAAUGCCGGCCUGCUGAGUGGAAGCUGAACAGAUGUGUAUACGAGAACCUGAACCUAGAGAAGGUCGUUCCCGACCAGCCCAAGCACUCGACACCAGUUCACCUACGGCCAAGACAGAUCUUUGCCCACGGGUGGAUUCCGCGGACGGAGAAGCCCUUCAUCCCAGGCCAGCCGGAUACAUCCUUUGCUCCACGGCAAAAGGAGGCGCCGGAGUCAUCUUGA